AUGGCCGUUUGGCUCACGAGCUUGAAGGCCAGUCGCCUCACGAGCCAGAAGGCUGAGCCACAUCAGCGCUUGUUGGCUUUUACUCACACCAGCUGGAUGGCCAGCUCAAGCUGCAACUGCAGCUUACUAGUCAAGGAGAUCGGUAGCGUGAAAGUCUUUUUCAAGGCUCGGGCAGAAAUGAACAGCAGCUGUGAUCCCAUGCUCCAGAAGAGCUUUGCCGACACUCUGAUCAGCAUGCUGAACAAUAUGAAAAGCUUCGGCCCAGCCGAGGCGACCCAGAUCGUCGACGCGUUGAGGGGUGAGCCGUGCGGCGAGGACCAGACCAAACGGAUCAUGGCCAUCGUCGACAGCAAGGUCGCCAAGGGCAUCGGCCCCGUCAAGCCAGAAGGCUCUGGUAAGCAAUCGCUUAAGGAGUGGUGGUGUUACCUAACGUCUUCGGACUGGGAUGUGCUCAAAAACCCGAAACUGUCGGUGAACCGCAAGAUGACGACGAUGGUCGAGCGCGCCAUGGCCGUCGGGGCGCUCAUCCCAUCACCGACUGACCCGUACGAGAUGGGUUUGUUCUACGAGUACCAGCACAAGUUGCUCGAGUACCGCAAAGAGAAAAGCCAAUCGGCUGCGCGGGGCCCUGAAUCACCUCCCGUGAAAGAAGAGCCACGAGCCAGCUUGGCUGUCCACCGGGCUCCUGAUGGGACGCUGAAGGUUGCCAAGCAUGAGCCGUCUGCCAAGCGUGAGCUCGAAACCCCUAAACGUGAGGAGCAGGGCGCUAUAAAGGCUGAGAAGCAUGAACCCGAGGGCGAUGCGGAGCACGACGCCGCCGAUGAUGACGACGGGCCGUGCUUAGAGGACUUGGACCCCCACGCCCGUGCUGCGAUCGAGGCCCUCAAGAAGCGUAAGGGCAAGCAGAAGGAGGAAGCGAAGGCGAAAGCCGCAGCUAAGAAGGAAGCUGCGAAAGCAGCUGCAGAGAAGGACGCUGAGGUCAAGACUGAGGCGCCAGCACGGAAGCGCCCAGCAGCAGCCGUUGCUUCCAUUAAGCCCGCCAAGGCUGUAAAGACCGAGCCUGCCGCGGCUGCAAAGGGUGUGAAGAAGCCCCGUGCGGCGACUGCCGACUUGAAGCCGAUCCCGAAGUCAAAGAUCAUGAGCGCAAUGCCGUCGAUGCCAAAGGACGGUUCGAACCCACCGCCAGUGGUCUACAAGCAGGGCAUAAUCUACACGAGCCGCACAGCUUUUCGCUUCCGU